AUGGCACCUCCCUUCACCCCCCUCGUGGCACCUCCCUUCACCGCUAUCAUGGCAUAUCCGUUCACCCCUCUCAUGGCAUCUCCCGUCACCCUCCCUAAGCACCUUUCUCCUUGCCAUCUAACCUCAUCUCCCUUCCCUACCCCUAAGGAUCAUCGUACUGUUGGCAGCUCCCUUCCUGCCUCCCUUCCCCCACUGACACCGCAUAUUUCCUCACGGCGAGCACCUCCCUUCCCUCUGAGGGAGCCACUCUCUUCUCCCUCUCACAGCACCUCCCUUCCCCUUCUCAAAGAAGCUCCUUUCCCCCUCUCACAGCCACUCCCUUUACCCUCUCUCAGCAACUCCCUUCCCCCUCUCUCAGCACUUCCCUUCCCCCUCUCACAGCACCUCCCUCCCCCCUCUGUAGGCUCCUCCGCCCCCCCUCUCACGACACUUCCUUUCCACCUCUCUCAGCACCUCCCUUCCCCCUCUGACCUCACCUCCCUUCCCCCUCUGACCUCACCUCCCUUCCCCCUCUCACAGAAAAUCCCUUCACCCUCUCACAACAACUCCCUUCCUCCUCUCUCAGCAACUCCCUUCCCCCUCUCUCAGCACCUCCCUUCACCCUCUCACAGCACCUCCCUUCCCCCUCUUCACAUCGCCUCCCUUCCCUCUCUCAUAGCACCUCCAUUCCCCCUCUCACAGCACCUAUCUUCCUCCUCUCACAGUAUCUCCCUUCCCCCUCUCACAGCAGCUCCUUUCCCCCUUUCUCACCACCUCCCUUCCCCCUCUUACAGCACCUCCAUUCCUACUCUCACAGCAUCUCCUUUCCCCCUCUCACAGCAACUCCCUUCCCCCUCUCACAGCACCUCCCUUCCCCCUCUCGCAGCACCUCCCUCCCCCCUCUCACAGCACCUCCCUUCCCCCUCUGACCUUACAACCCCUUCCCCUCCCUAA